AUGAUCUGCAGACAGUCGUGAGUCCAAGAGGGUCAGGCCAGCGCUCAUCACUCACAAUACACAUGUUCAUUGGCUCACAUCUCACACACUUUGCCUGCUAGACGAUUCACUACCCGCGCUUCGAUGGGCUUGUGGAAGCUGGAGGCAAUCAACCCCAAAUCACAACUGUGUGUGCAAGCUCACCUUCUGGCCAGACUCAAUCGCACCCCUCAAGCGUCUCCCACGCAUACAGGCUUGCUUCAUCACUCUCCCCGCGUCGAAUACAGCGACAAUUCCUUCUCUCCACCAUGAAUGCGAGCAAUGAGGCGCACAUGAUGCCCAUCAGAAGCGAUGAAGACCACGCUCCCUCUUCGCCUGCCCCACCGCUGUCUGCACGCUCGACAGGCGACCAGAGCGCCUCUGCAGCAUCCAUCCGCACCAAUGCGACUGCCUCCAGCAAAGCGCGUCGAGCCUUGUCCGGCCUCAAGUCACGCUUCGCUUCCUCCAACAGCCGCCAUCGGCACACUGAGAGCGCUCCUCCAGAAUCAUUUGAGCGUCUAGCGGCAGAAGAUGAGCGGGAGCAAGAGGGCAUCCCACACGCGGACUCUGCCACGCAGACCACCGUCGUGCAGAGGGAAGGGAGCGUGAGGAGGAGAAAGGCAUCGCUUCGAUCCAUCAAGUCUCUCGCUCGCAAAACAUCCUCUGUCGGCAAUGGUAAUCGAUCCAGCGCUCAUUCACAUCAGGAGGACGAUGCACCUCCCCUGCCAGGAAAGUCUCUCGAUGCGGCCGCCUAUGAUCUGAAUACGGGCAAUGCUCAAGCGAUGGAAAAGGUCAGCAACAACGUUCAACGAGCUCCCAGCGCAGCGACUCGACUUCACAGCUACUCUCAUCAUGCGAGUCCUCCAGACUCAGGGUCAAGCAAGUGGAAGGACCCCCUUGCAUCUCAGCGAGGUCUCAUCCUGCGGGCUGUUCUGGUCACAGCGAUCGCUGCUCAAGUCUCAGCCUGGCUGCUCCACUGGUCCGUGGGCAUCAUAGCUGCAGCCGUUGGUGCUCACAUAUCGCUAAAGUUGUUCGAGAGAGCUGGGAAGGAUAUGGCAUGGGAGAGGGAAGCAGAAGAGAGAAGAAAGGUGAGCUGAGUCGACGUGACAGAUACUGUACUCGAGUCGGCCAACUCACAACUCAGCAUCACACCCACCAGUCGGCCAAGCAGGCACACCACCCAGAGACUGCAGAAUGGGUCAAUCACCUCCUCGCUACUGUCUGGCCACUCAUAUCCGGUACGUACAGCCGCCUCGCUCGAUGAAAGCUGCUAGCUGAUUGACCGAUUUUCUACGCUUUGCCGCUGCCAGCCGAGUAUUUGGUACCGUUCAUCGAUCUUUUGGAGGACGCUCUGAUGCAGCAGGUUCCGGGCAUAGUGCACGGAUGUCGUGUGGAAGGCUUGGAUCAGGGCACCAUACCUCUACGUAUCGUCGAUUUCAAGCGUUUGCCGGACGAUGAUGAGAGUUUCUCACAACCCGAAACGACCAGCAAGAGCGCGCGCAAACAGGAGAUACUCGAGGAGGAUCGCACACAGCAGCACGACGCACCAGCGCUCGAUGUUGGUGACUUUGUCAAUCUGGAAGGUGCGUUGCGGGAGGCGGGAAAGUCCGGCAUGCCAGAAUCAACCCUUGUAUUCAAUGCUGCUGACCAUCUCUUCUUGCAGUGUCAUUCGCGUAUCGUGGGCCGCAAGCACGUAGACGCAAAGCUCAAAGCAAUAAAGUGGAGGGCCUUGAUACCCCAACAGACGCUCAUCGUGGCGUCAACGAUGGAAACGAAGAGGAUGACUCCACCGGUAUAGAGCAGAUACACCUAUUGUUGUACAUGGCCAUCGGCUUGCAGAAGAUUGCGGCAGUCCAGGUGCCAGUCUGGAUCGAGAUGCUUGGUAUCGAAGGCAAAAUGCGUGUCCGGUUGCAGAUGACGCCUGCCGCACCUUUCGUCAAGCACGUCGCUUUCUGCUUCGUCGACAAACCUCGCAUCGAGAUCUCGGCCAAGCCCUUGAGCAAGCGAAUGGUCAUCGACGCGAUGAACUUGCCACUGAUAUCUAGCUACGUCCUGCAUUCCAUUGAGCGCGUCAUCAAAGACUUCAUCGCGCCUCAGAGCUACACCGUCGAUGUGGGAUCUCUCUUGGGCGCUGGCGACGGCCCUCAAAACGUCUACGCCCUCGGCGUCAUGGUGGUGGUUCUGCACCGCGCCAAUGGCCUCGCAGCCGCGGAUGUAGGAGGCACGUCGGAUCCCUACGUGGGCAUAUCAUUCGCAAGGGCGGGUAAGGCACUAUACCUCAGUCGCGUCAUGGCGCGCACCAAGGACCCAGUGUGGGGCGAGACGAGCUUCCUUCUCGUUGGGCCUGAUGAGGUGCGAGACCACGAGCGACUUCGUCUCGCUGUGUACGACGCCGACCGAUUCAGUGCGGAUGACGAGCUCGGUCACGUUGAUGUAUCCAUCUCGCGGCUCAUUCGGCGAAGUUUGAACAGGCCUGGUAAGCCAGGGCAUGUGAGCUUCCUCGAACAUCGACAGGACGAUCUCGCUCCUGCCCGUCGAGGAGCUUCGGUUCAGGGCUCGCUCAACUAUAGCGUGGGAUUCUUCCGUCUGGCUCAGCCUGCCUCCGGUCACCCCGCAACCCGCACGCAUUUGCUCCAGCAGGCAGCCAAUAAAGUGAACUCGCCGGCAGAAUCCUCUCCAGGACCGCCGAGCGCAAGCACGCCACACGAGACCGCAGGAGUGGGCACUCAAAGUGCUACGAGUGA